AUGACAGAGCUCCCCGUCGAGAAGUCCAGAAUCAGCGCUGCAGUUCAGGAGGGCUCCUUUUACAAAUUGCAGGAGGGUAGCUUCUACAGCGAUUACGCCUGCAGCACCCAGCAGUGCGACGAGACCAAGAAGGAGGACGAGCUGAUCGUGUUGGAGUUUCCAGUUAACAACGAGCACGCCUUCAUGACAUACUGCGCAGGGACGAACAAGGUAACGUUCAAUGAGGCAAAGCUCGACUUGUGGUGCCCGGCUUCAGCGAUCCUGAUCUAUCAUAUCUACAUGCAGACUCACCAGGGGGCUCUCGACAAGGUCAAGCUUGAGGCCAUCCAGUGCGAGCCCUGCGUCUGGGUCGUCAGGGGUGGGGGCGGCAAGUCGAUCGGCGUGAUCAUUCUACGCGUGGGCGACAUGAUGAUCGCCGGAGACCGCGCUAACAAGUCCUUCCUGCAGAAGCGGAAGGACACCUACAGCAUGAACGCGGAGGCGAUUCCAGUCGUCAAUCGCGGCAGGAAGCCAACUGACGGAGUUUCUGAUCGCGAACUCUCUGAUCUACGGGGGCGGCUUGGCACCGCGGGCUGGAGAGCGCAGCAGUCAGCGCCGUGGCUCAGCGCCGAAGUUUCACUACUACAAGCCGCGAUUCCUACCGCGACGGUCUCCACGAUUCAGAAGAUCAACAGGCUCAUCCGCGCCGCGAACGACAUCGCUGACGUCGCCAUGGUCAUGCCUGCGAUCGAGAAGCUGGCAGUUGUUGGCUGGGGCGACGCCGCGUGGGCUGCCCGGGUCACAGGAGAACCCCGAGGAGGUGGGAUGAUCGUGCUGGCACCGCUAUCGUUGCUAGAAGGAUCCACAGAGACAGUGGCGCCGAUUUCUUGGAGAUCUUGCACGCUGCCGCGCGUUGCCAGAAGCAGCGCGAGUGCCGAGGUGCAGAUGAUGACGGAGACGCUCGACGAGAUGAGCUGCGUGCGACUGUUCAUCUACGAGCUAGAGUGCGACCGCGUGGAUUACACCAACAGGCAGGCCGUGAACGACGCCAUCUCAACCUGCCCUGGAGUCCGGGUCACAGACGGGAAGUCCGGGUACCACGUCAUCGAGAUGAACGAGUCUGCUGGACUGGGCCUUCGAGAUAAGAGGACCAGUGUCGAGUGCCUGGGCAUCUGGCAGCAGAAGCAGCAGACAGGGCUCCAGAUUCGCCGGGUUCACAGCGAUGCCAUGUUAGCCGACGGUCUCACGAAGGACCGCGCUGCCAAGGCCCUGAUGGAGUUCUUUUUAAGCGGACAGCGCUGGCGGCUAGUGGACGAUCCUCUCCAUCGGUCAGCACGCAAGCGCAAGUCCGAGGGCAUCGACAAGCUAGACCACGGCACCCCGCUGGAUCCCGACACCGCCCUGGAAGCCCUGGUGUACUUCUCGCGCGACGACGAGUCCCAGCAGGCUGGACCUGCCGGACAUGAGGCCUUCUGGGGCCGGACAAUUUAA